AAAUUAAAAUAGCCUUCAAUAGAUCUGUAAGCACAUUACCCCGGCGUCAGUUUCUCCUUGGGUCAAACUGUUCUCCAGUGUUCAUGCCAGUGCACCAAGCAAUUCAGACGCAGAGCUGUUCCGCACAUGUUUACGAGUGGAAGCUGUGGUCGACAUCGCUCCAAUCUCUUAUGCUAUUCCGUAAAAACGAAACAAUCGCGAAAACGCAUUCAGUCGACACUGCACUGAGCUGAGCCAAUGCGCCGCAGCAAGUUUUGAAGUUGGCGAAGCGCUGCUGCAUUUGUCCAUGCAAGUAGCGUGGUCCUAGUGGUGUCUCUCGUUUCUGGUGGCACAUCGUCCGCUCCUUGCCUUCUUGGUGUAGGUUAGUGUUCCCGUCAAUGCGCUUGUUUUGGACGUUGAAACUCGCAAAGCCACUCUAGCCUAGGGAAGAAGCCAUCACCGUAGCAAUCUGUGUCGCACUGACAUCUCAACGAAGUCUCGCCGGACUCGACCAGCGUAGAGGCAUUUCAGACUGAGCGAGAGUGAGCGAGCGGGAGAGAAAGUGAGAGUGAGCGAGGAAGGAGCAUGCAGAACAGAUACCUGAAGCUCUGGUAUAAUAAUAUUAUUAUCGUAACAGCUGUCUCUCGUGGAUGAAGAAGACUGUGUGUGUCUGGCUGUGGCUGCUGUUUGCGUCGUGUCAGCGAAGAGCGCAGUUCACAGUGUACCGAUCGUCAGUUGGUUGGCCUAUGUUUGAUACUAGUAGGCUAAGCGUUGGAGCAGGAUAACCCAAGUCAAGGCACACCGCGUCUGUAACGUUACAAUCACCGACCUUGGUGAGACUUAGAGGGAUACAGUGCGACCACAGUGCGAACACCGGGGCUAAAAAUGCGAGGAAUGCCUGUGGCGAGCCUGCUCCUCAGUUCUCUAGCGCUACUGUUCGCCUUAUCAAGCCAGCUCCGUGAUAGCUGGGCUACCGUCAGUGUGUGGAGCGCCCAUGGCACGCCAACUGGGAAGCCGCUUUUGACAAUUGGCCUGUGGCAGCGAUGCCCUACGCGUGCGUUGGUCGAACUCCUUCCGCAGUUAUCCGCCGCGGCUUGUGAACCAACGGGCAAGAUCACCGUGGCCAAGGUCGGCUUCCUCGGAAGCAUGGCGUUUGGCACGCUCGCCUGGCUGGUGCUGGUGCUGACGGUGCUGACUCUGUCCAAGAAGGUGGCCGUCAGCCUUCCUUACCAAGCUGCAGCUGGUAUCACCAGCCUGUUGCAAUGUGUCUGCAUGGCUGCUGCUACGGGCUACUAUACCUAUGUUCUAGAAGCACGCGAUGCUCUCGCGCUCCUGCCUGGCGUGAGGGACGGUGGCCUGGUGAAAGCCAGCAUCUCAGUCACGUAUGGCUACGCGUAUCACGUUGCCUGGAUGUCGGCAGCCUGCGCCCUGGCUGCCGUUGUCACCAUGGGCAUAUAUGCGUGUGCUCCGGCCAAACAAAGUGCAAUAUCUACUGACCAAUACCAGUUGUUAGAAACUGUUAUCCAGCAAGACAAUCCCAUUGUGUGAUUUCUAUCACAAGGUCUAUUUAAUUCCUUUCGAAAGAUCACUUUUCACUAUGUUUGGCUCAGUGCAGUAUUGAUCUGAGCUUUCCUCCAUUCAGCGCACCUUCACCGCUGCACAUACUCUCCACUACACAUUGUGCGGCACCUGAUGACGUAUCACACAUUGAUUACCCGCGACCACAUCUGGCCAGACAGCUGUACAUAACAUGGUGUCCAGAAGUGGAAAUAUCCCGGAUAAUAGAGUUUUUUAAGGUGUCACUUAUUCAGGCAUGUCAGUCAGAGCCGCGGCGUGCAUACACCUUAUUUCAAUUUUUCAGCUGGAAAUGCACACACGCGCUCACAUAAUUAUCAUAGUAUUAUAGUACCAAUGUGUAUGGAGUAUGUCCACCCACAUGAACAGUGUACUUCGAAGUACAAAUGAGACGUAUGGGACAUUGACAGAAACCCACAAUGUGUCCUUUCAGUUUAAUGGCGUCCUGCAUGUGCAUCUCAUGAACCGCCAGAUUGAUUCUACUAUGAAAUAAUUAUAUCCAUUUCUUUCACAUGCAUGAAAACACUCAAUUUCGCAUUUUUGCGAGUUUUGCUGUUUGUUUUUUAUUGCCAAUCCAGCUUAGAAUCACUGCAGCCUGUACCAAUUUAAUUGCUUGGUGUAUUGCGAUUUUCAAACUAAAGUGGACAAGAAUCCCAGCUACAUUACAGCCA